AGUGACAUAGUUUGUCGUUUACACGUAGAGAGUAUCAUAAUUUAUGUGUAAAAAAAAUAUCCAAAUUAUGUGUAAAAAAAAUAUCUCUUUAAAACAAAAUAAUAACAAUAAAACAAAAGAUAAUUGCUCAUUGAUAUUGUGCCAUGAAACGUUAAGAAAUUUGACGGGUGAUCUAGACAUGGAUGAAAAAUUUCAAACAUAUAAUCUUUUCAAACAUGCAAUUAAUCGCUAAGAUGAUAUAUCGCCUUCAUACGUUAUUCAUGGACAGCAUUUCCAAAUUACCGUGUCUCUAACCAGCACAAGAUGCGUAACGAAUGAUUCUUAGCAAUCUCAGUGCAGAAACGACUAAUCUAAUAUACAUAACGACGCAUCGUCCGUAAGGAAAAUUGAACAACACAAUCAUGACCGCAAAUUACGAUGAGCUUUCAAAGGAAGCCAAUGUCGUGGAAACAGAAGUCGCCAAAGAUAAACAGAACGAAGUACUCGAAGUGCACUUUGUUCCACAAUUAGAACAAGAAAAAAUCAAGGAGAAGCCGCGCUCGAAACCAACGCCAAAAACCAUAAAACCUGCUGUGUCAAAAGUACCUGUAAAACGUGUAUCGCCUCGAAUCGAGGAAUUAGCUCGGCCAAUGAUAAACAAUGUAUUGUCCACGUUACGAGAUAAAGCAUGGGUACUGCCACUAGCAGCAGUGGAUAACCUUCAAAAGAUCAUCGAGGCCAAAACCUGCUUAUUAAGCCCAGAGGAAGCCGCGCGAGUCCUACGCCUCAAGAAACGCAAAACGAAGAAGACAACGCGAUUCCCACAGCUUAGGAAAAAAUGGACCGGAGAAAUUACAAAGUUAGAACAAGCGUCGCCGAUGCUGGACAGAAAUGUGGCGUUGUGCCAGUACCUGUUAGCAGUGAAUUUCGUCAAAAGCAUUGUAGAACGCCAAUGUCAAACACAAAGAAAGGAUCUUCGCGAAAUCACACGCGUGAUAUUGAAACGCCUGAUGUCUGUCGACGAAUAUACGGAUGCACGUAAUGGGAACGAUGAUCGAGCGAUGCAGCAAUUGCAUCUUUUAGCUGAAAUGAUAGCUUGUUGGAUAGCCGAGAUACUCGUUGAAGUUGCUGAGGCUGAUAAAGAAGCUUUGGAGGAGUAUUACAAGAAGAAGGAGAUGAAAAAGAUGGAGGUGGAUAAUGAGGAAACAGACAGUGAAGUGGAGUACUGGGAACAGAAAUAUGAGACGGAGGAAAAGAGUGAGGACACAAUACAUAGGAGAGAAAAUGGGGAGAAAGAUGAGGUAGGAGAUGAAAAAGUCGAGCCAGAGCAAAGGCCUGAAGAAGACGUGGAAAAGAAAGAUGAAGAUGAAGAAGUGCUCGAGGAAGAAAAAGAAGGGAAUGAGACACAGUUGGAAAAGUAGGAGAUGGCAGAGGCGAUUAGAAUCAAAUAUAAACGUAAACGAGCAGCUUCUUGAGAAAUAAAUAACAGACAUUCGAGAAAAGAAAUGAUUCGGGAGAUAUAAAAAUAUCACGAUGAAAUAUCAAUAGAACAAUUAUCAUCAUUAAUUUUUAUGCUUUGUAAAUGCAUGUACAAUAAAUGUAAAAUAUUGUCUACGCAAAACAAAGACUGCGAAAUAAUUCUAUAAAUCUCGCUUCUUAAAAUUUCGGAAGCCAAUAAAAAAUUGAAGAGAAUUCAGAAAUUUUUUAAUUGCUGUAUAUGAAAGCAGAAAUCUACUUUAUCGGUGUAAUUUUUUAAAAGUAUUUGUAAAAUCGAUAUAAACGCAUUCAUAACAAACAAAAAGACGUAGAAUAGAAUUCGCGAGAUGUAAUGAAUUUUGUCGAAGUGUGAACAUUGAAAUAACAAUCUAACGUGACUCGGCCUAACCUAAAAAUCGCAGUUUCGGUGGCUUCGAUGUAUUGCUCGGGAUACCGGCUCAAUUUGUGUCUGGUAUUCUGUCAUUAGACGUAUUUACGCAUUGUUUGCGUACGCUUUCAUAGCAAUUGACUUCAAAGACGUA